AUUGAGAAUUUUAGAUUAGGAGAGGCGAGAUGUCGGUGCGGAUCAAGGCGGUGGUGGACAGGUUCGUGAAGGAGCUGCAGGAGGCGCUGGACGCGGACAUCCAGGACCGGAUCAUGAAGGAGCGGGAGAUGCAGAGCUACAUCGAGGAGCGCGAGCGCGAGGUCGCCGAGAGGGAGGCCGCCUGGAAGGCAGAGCUCUCCCGCCGCGAGGCCGAGAUCGCACGGCAGGAGGCGAGGCUGAAGAUGGAGAAGGAGAACCUGGAGAAGGAAAAGAGCGUCCUCAUGGGAACCGCUUCCAAUCAAGACAACCAAGACGGAGCCCUCGAGAUCACAGUUAGCGGUGAGAAGUACAGGUGCCUUCGCUUCUCCAAGGCAAAGAAAUGAGGGAUGAACUUGGCUGUACUGGACUAGAGAUAGAUCCAUACGGAAUUACCAACGCCGAGCCGUGGUUUGAUUCAAUUUUGUUCAUUUUGUACAGGAAAUUCUGGAAAAUGUUUCUGAACACAGUAAUAAUAAAUCCAUAGUGCUAGCUA